GUAGCGGUAACCAGGCAGGGAGGCGGUCAUAUCCAAGUCCCCUAAGCCGCCAGUUAGCUGUCACAUGCUAACAACCAUUACUAGCAUGAGCCGAGCAUGUUCCAACCAAGUCUAAACACACGCGGCUGAACCUGAGCUAAGCAGCACCCGUGCCUGAACUUUAGUCACACUUCCCCGGCAAAGGGUUGGGACUGCUCUGGUCAGUUAUCAAAAUAGCUUCGCGGCUACCUCUGAAGCUAACGCUGUUGGGGAGUCGUCAUUCAAGAGUGUUAAAUCGCGCCGACAAUCACAUCGGAUGCCACAGCAAGUGUCAACAGAAAUGCAUCUCACCAGUCGGGGAACUACAAUACCUGAGAGCUGCAGCCAUGCUGACCUGUGAAAUCUGUGGUGAGGACAUACUGCUGGAGGAGGACAUGAAGACACAUCUCCUUCUCGACCAUAUGGAAAACAACAUGCACUGUCCACUUUGUUCCUUGUCUGGAGUGUCAUAUGACGAACUCUGUUUCCACAUCAGCUCUGCACAUCCAGAGAAGCAGCAAGCGACGCAGUUUGCGGCUCAAGCCGCGUCCACAAACACUGGUUUAACCCCUCAGUCCUGUGAUACAGUCUGUGAAGUGACACGCGCUGGUGCCUCUGGUGUUACCACUGACUCAGUCCAACUUAAACACAACAGUGUACCUGAAGGUGGGCGUUUGUCCCUUGAGGACACUGGACCCCUCAUUUCAACAACUGAAACCAGACAGGAGUCAUUCUGUGAACGUUCUCAAUCAUCCAGGUCAUUGGACAGAAGUGAGUCUGUCAGUCACUGUAAUGGAUCAGAGUAUGAUGAACCCGGGCACAGCAAAGCCAAACAGAAGUGUCUGUCUUCAUCAAGAAAAGAGAGGCUGUUCUCCUGCCCCAUGUGUGCCCUGGUCUUCUGCAGCAGUGUUCUCCUGCAGGAGCAUGUUGAGUUGCACCUGGAGGAGAGGAGCCCAGCUGAAGGGGAGACGAGACCCGAAUGCCCCAUGUGCUCUGUUGUCUGCAGUGAUGACAUCUCUCUGCAGGAACAUGUGGAGCUGCAUUUAGACCACGACGCAGCUGGGAACAGUGCAGGAAGUCCGGGUUCUGACCUGAAGCUGGCCAGGCAGCUGCAGCAGCAAGAGGAAGAGAUCAGAAGGAGGCAGGAGGAGGCCCAGGAGGAGAAGGAAUUCAAGAAGCUGCAGAGGCAGUUUGGUGUGGACGGCAGCGGGGGCUACCGUAGACAGAUGGAGAGGACCAUGGAGAGAGCGGUGGCUAGUGGCCUCAUGGCGCCUUCGGAGUUUCACUGCAAGAGGGCUGAGAUGAUGGAAUCUCUAGCCUCAGGUGUCGAUGACGGCAGAACCAGAACUCGGGGUGUGGUCAGAGCAUUAUAUGAAUACUACCAGACUGAAUGCAGAGACUGUGCUCAUGUGUGGCUGAGUGCAGACACGGACCACUACUGCUCCUCAGAGGGGGAUAAAGGCUGGGGCUGUGGAUACAGAAACAUCCAGAUGCUCCUCUCUUCUCUACACAACAUAGACACAUUUUCUCCUGUCCUUCAAGAUAGAGCUGUGCCAAGUAUCCCUCGGGUGCAAAGUAUGAUUGAGGAGGCUUGGAAAGAAGGUUUGGAUCCACAAGGUGCGUCCCACUUCAACCAGCAGCUGCAGGGAACACGAGCCUGGAUCGGAGCCACAGAAAUCUAUUGUCUCCUCACCUCAUUGGGGAUCAGUGCCCACAUCAUCGACUUUCACCAGCCAACGGGCCCGGGUGACACUCACCCCCGGCUGUUUGAGUGGAUCAAACAGUACUACUGUCAGGCCAGCAGGGGCAGCAGACUGCCUCCCAGACUGGUGCAGACCUCACUGCCUCCGCUUUACCUGCAGCACCAAGGUCACAGCCGCUCUGUAGUGGGCUUGGAGCAGAGGAAGAAUGGUAGCCUGUGCCUCCUGGUUCUGGAUCCUGGCUCGUCGGUGUCUGACACCAGGAAGCUUCUGAGUGGGGACACCAUCGCCGCAGCCGUGCGCCAUGUCAGGAAGUUCCCCAGCAGCCUGAAGCACAAGCAGUACCAGGUGGUGGCAGUGCAGGGGGUGAUGUCUGCUGAGGAGAAACGGAUUAGCAUCUUGAACUCCAGGACAUUGUGUGCUGAAAGGAUCCCAUGAACAGUAACGCACUUCUUUAUCUCUUGUCUGUUUUUACUGUGAACGUUGUAUUUUGUCACACCAGGAGCUGCUUAAUGUAGAUGUUUUACGCUAAUAAAGUUUAGUAUUUUUCAAUAU